AUGGAUCUCUGCAAGGUCCAAGUUGGGAAACCAGAAGAAGAGGAAGAACAGGAUGUCGCCAAACCAGAGAAAGUUGUUCCCCAUGGUAAACCAGAACAAAAAGUUCUCAAGCAGGUAAAAGCUAUUACAGCAGAAAAGACAGAAAAAGCUGAGCACCAAGAAAAAGAGCGUCAGCCUAUAAAAACAGAUAAGCCUAAGCCAUCUUCAAAGGGGACACCAGAAGUCAUAGACUCAGGAAAGAAGAAAAUUGAAAAAUCUGAAAAGGAAAGUAAAGUUCCCACAAGACGAGAAAAUCUUCAGGUGCAUAAUGUGACUAAAGAAAAACCUGGGAAAAUACCAAGUAAGUACUGUUGA